AAUUUUUCUACACUAGGUCCUAGGUUUGAUAAGAAAAUUUUCUGAAGGUUCUAUAUUGUAAAUAGUAAAAAUGGCUAGCACUCGCGUAGAUUCGAAUAAGUCGGGCCGAACUCUUGUUCAUUUUAUAUGCCAAAAUUGCAACUCGCCAUUGAAAAUAGACUCAAGCUUUAGCGAAAUGUCCAGAGAUUUAUUCAAAGAAUUAGCAGGUCCUAUGGGAGCAACUUCAGAUUUUGAAGAAAGUAUUCAUAUAGUUCGCCAAGAGGAAAUACUGUAUGAGGAAGAAGAUGGCUUCAUCAGCACAUUUGUACCACGAGGCGGGUUUGAAGAAUCUAAUGACUUUACCUUGGUUGGUAACCUUGGACCCGGCAGUAUGGACACAUUAAGUAUACGAGCUAAAGUAACAGGUCAUCUAUUUGACCUUAUGUCUGGUGUUUCAGAUAUAGAUCAUCCCUUGUGUGAGGAAUGCACAGACCACUUGUUAGACAACCUGGAUCACCAGUUGAAGAUAGUGGAGGAUGAGAGUAAAGAAUACAGGGAAUUUCUGGAAAAAUUGGAAUUUACUGAUGAAUUUGACAAAGAGUUGGAACUAGAUGAAGAACUAAAGCAGCUUAUUCAAGAAGAGAAAAAACUGAGGCAGGAGUUAGAACAGGCUGAAAAUGAGAGGUACAAAGUGUCAGAGGCUAUGAUCAUUGAGAAAGAGAAAGCCAAAAAAUUAGAUGAUGAAGAGGAAAUUUACUGGCAAGAGUAUAAUGACCAGUGUCGCAUUGCUAUAGAACUUGAAGAUGAACAGAGAAGUGUGGACAACCAACUUAAAUAUGCUCAAGCACAACUAGACAGGCUAAAGAAAACCAAUGUGUUCAAUGCCACAUUUCAUAUAUGGCAUGAUGGAGAGUUUGGAACUAUCAAUGAUUUUAGGCUUGGACGAUUACCUGGGACAUCAAUUGAAUGGACUGAAAUCAACACAGCCUGGGGUCAAGUUGUCCUGUUGUUGGUGUCCCUGGCUAACAAAAUUGGUCUCACUUUUAAAAAAUACCGACCUGUACCAUAUGGAAACCAUUCAUAUAUUGAAGUGCUUGAUGAAAAGAAAGAACUUCCUUUGUAUGGAUCUGGUGGCAUUCGUUUCCUGUGGGACACUAAAUUUGAUUUAGCAAUGGUUGCAUUUUUGGAAUGCUUACAGCAAUUUCGUGACGAGGUGGAAAAAGAAGAUUCAACUUUUAAUCUUCCAUAUAAAAUGAGCAAAGGAAAAAUUUAUGAAGGAGAAAAGGCACAGUAUUCUGUCAAGAUGCAAUUUAAUUCUGAGGAACAGUGGACAAAAGCGUUGAAAUACCUGUUGACCAACCUUAAAUGGGCGCUAGCCUGGCUAUCUGCCAGAAAAAGUCUUGGCGAUUGAUUCUAGUCAAUAUGUAGUCGUCCAAGUUUCUUGUACAUAAUGUACCAGUUAUCUUCAAAUCAUUGGCUUAUGGUUAGCAUCAAACACAAUGAUGUACAUAAAUGUCGCACUAUUUGAUCAGUUUUAAUUUAUCCUCUGUUAAUUCACUAUUCCAAUCUGGGUGCUUGUAAAUUGGUUAUUUUGGAAUGCCAUUAGUAUAAUUUCUAUUGGCUAUAUUUUCAUUUCCAUAAAACUUUUAAAUACAAUUUACAAACAUCCAAGACAGCAAGCACAUAGGUGUGAUUUUCAAGCCUCCAUCCCCUCUUUAAAUAAUAGAAUUUGUUUAUGUAUAUUGUAGUGCUUAACAGUGAAAUGUUUCUUUAGAUGUCUACAUCCAUUUGCAAUCCUAAAAACUACUUAAUUUAAAGAGUACCAAUACAGAAAAUUUGGUCACACUAGGAAAGCUCCAGAAUUAUUUUUGAACUGGUGGCUCUUUCUUUUUAACGGAAUUCUAAUUCAACUAUUCGCCAGAUUGUCUGCAAUUGAUGUAUGUAAGAAAAAAUGCCUCUUUCUAAUUAGAAUAAUUUGUAUGGAUUGCUAAUUAUCUGUACUUCAUAAUCACAGCAGCUAAAAUAUCUGUAUAAUUUACUAUGUCUUUCAAGCAUUUUAUUAUGAAUUCUGCAAUUUUUUAAUGUAAAAAUAAAUGUCUAU